AUGAUAGGAGAGGAAGUGAUAACAGAAACAUUGUGCCUUGCCACCUCCAGGAUCUCUGUCCUUGACAGAUAAGCCACUCCUGUUGCUAAUUUCAAGCAGAAAAGCAGGAAAUGUGACAGUGUAGUUUUCCGCUUCCAUAAACACGAUGAGUCCCAGAGUUUGCUUUCAGUCCUGUGUGCCUCUGGUCUGAGUCUCCCUCGGACAGAACCCGACACACUAACAGAGAAAGUGAGCAAAGAGGGAGAAAGUAAGAAAACAGGAAAGAGACCAUAUAGAAAACAGAAAGACAGGAAAGCCCAUCGGAAGAAAGGAAAGACAGACAAGAACUGACAGAAGAGAGGGGAGGAGAAAAGAGUAAAAGACAAGCUAAACGGACUCCCAGUCUCCCUUCUUGCCAUGGCUGAGAACAAUACAAAUCUCUUUCUGGACAUAUUGCAGUCCUUUGAUGCUGUCCCUCUGAUUAUAGCCUUCUGUGUGUCCAUGGCUGUGGGUCUCCUUUUGGGUGCCCUGAUUUACGUGACCUUGACAUGGAUGUCCCGGCGCAAGGCAGGUUCUGCAAGAAUCACCCGCCGGCAACCCCGCCACUCGCACACUUCCUCCCGCAACCGCCCGGGAUUUAACCGCAAUAGCAGCUAUGAUCGUCGGAGCAACAACAGUUUAAUAAGCGCUGCUUUCAGCUUUCACCGACAGACUUCUUCCCCAGAUCACCUUGACCCACUGGGCCACAAAUCCAGCUUCAGGGCGUCCACUUUUCACCCUCUCAUCCAGUGCAGCCAAAUUGCAAGAGAGGCUGAGGAAGGAAGCCAGACAACACUGCCUCGUACACCCACACUGACCACAUCAGCUGGAUCAGCUCAAACUGCAACCCAGUCGGCUGCCACUCCACCAAGACCCGAAUCAUUUUGGGGGAACAACGGUCUGAAGGGUUUCAACGCUACACAUACCCCACCUCCAGCUUAUGAGAGCAUCAUUAGGGCCUAUCAGGAAACAUACACCUGAGGAGAUGGAGCACCUAAAUAAAUGAGCCCUGGGAUGUAAAUGGAUUCAUAGAUGAUACUGAUAUCAAUCUAUACUGAUUUAUAUGGCCACAUAAACAAUAUAGAUCAAAUGUCCCAAUCAAGUUGUUGACACUAAGAAACAAAAAAUACAUACUGUAUAUAAUAUUUGCAUCUAUUUGAUUCUUUAAAUAAUCAAUUUUUCUAUAUAAUAUUAAAGAGAAAUAUGAAACUGGAUUGUUAAUAUGAACAUAUUCCUCAUGAAUAUGAGCAGUUUUUAUUUAAAGUUGACUGACUAUUGCAUAUGCACAUGCAAGAUCAUUUUAUUUUAAUUUUAGCAGCAAACAAUGCAUAACUAAGUACCACUGAUGCUGAAGCAUUUCUAGUGGAAGAUGAGAUGUACAGUAUGCUUUGUGUUUACAAGACAUUUAAUAACUAUACAAAAGAAAAAGAAAGACUUUAUAUUUAGACUCUUAAAAAGUAAGAGACUAAUGUGGUUGCUUAAUAUUAAAAAAGAAAUGUUGAAGACUGGGUUAAACUGACCUGAUACUGUUUGUUUGUUUUCUUGUUUGUACUGCCUCACAAGUUUUUUCAGAGCUGAAUUGAGUAGAUGUGUGUGAGAUUUCAAAUAAUUAUGUUUGCUCGAACAGAAUGCAUGAGUUUGAAAGAAAAAGAUUUUGAAAGGCGGGGUGGGGGUUGCUCUUAAGUUAAUGUAAUAAAGCACAAAUUGAACGUUUCCCAUGUAUAUGUGGUGGUUUGUAACAGGUAUAGAGGAUAUCUGCAAGCACAAACUUGUGUUUGAGAACACAACAUUCUGCUGCAAGCGAUGUGUUGCAGUUGGAGCUUUUUCUGUAUAGGGAUAUCAGUGGUUGUGAUGUGAUCAUUCGGAGAGAAAAAGAAAAAACUUAACAUAAAUCCAGUUUUUACAGAUUCAUUAUCAGUAAUUUUUGGUGAGUAUUUGUAUGUUUACUGUAAUGAACGCAUAUAGAAAAUUUAUCCUGAGAGACUACUAUUUGCCAGAGCUGUUGGAAAUUCGAAGACGGUUUAGAUGUGACCUCAAACUAAGACACA